GGAGCAUCUGGGAAGACAGGUGCAGGUGGCGGAGGCGGCGCCGAGGGCAGGGCCGGCGGGCGGGCGUGGCCCAGGGGGCCUGCGCGGCGGUCGCUGGCGGUCGCCCCCAGCGCGGGCAUGGCGGGUGGGUGGCGGGCGCUGCUGCGCGCUGCCCGGCGCUACCCGUGGCCCACGAACGUGCUGCUCUACGCGGCGCUCUUCUCCGCCGGCGACGCGCUGCAGCAGCGGCUACGGGGCGGUCCGGCCGACUGGCAGCAGACGCGGCGCGUGGCCACCGUGGCCGUGACCUUCCACGCCAACUUCAACUACGUAUGGCUGCGCGUGCUGGAGCGCGCGCUGCCCGGCCGUGCUCCGCGCGCCGUGCUGGCCAAGGUGCUGUGCGAUCAGGCGAUCGGCGGGCCCGUGGCCGUCUCGGCCUUCUAUGCCGGCAUGAGUAUUCUCCAGGAAAAGGAUGACAUAUUUUUGGACCUGAAACAGAAAUUCUGGGAUACGUACAAGAGUGGUCUGAUGUACUGGCCCUUUGUGCAGACGCCAAACAAACACGACCAGAUCUGCUUUACGAAUGCUAUGCCCUCCUCAGACAUCGAUCACGAGCUUUUCAAACAGAACAAACCCAACAACACAACCAGUUUGGAUGGGAGACGGUCUAUGGUAACCCCAGCCCUGCAUGAUGAAAGUGUAUGGUUGUGCUUUGGAACCCCACCUCCCUUCACCCCCAGCCCGAGGCAACCACUACCUGCUUCCUUUCUCUACAGACUUUCUAUGGAUGUGCUUUCUGUAUAGAUCUACAGCCCAGGCAUGGCAUACGAAUGGAAUCAUACAACACACAUGUGGUCUAUGAGGACUGGCAUCUUUUGAGAUUUAUCCAUGUUGUGGCAUCUAUCGGUACUUCCAAAAUUACUAAAUGCUAUUUCACUCUGAGAAUAUCGCCACAUUUUGUUCACCCAUUCGUCUGUUGAUGGACAUUUACGUUGUUUCCACCUUUCUGGCUCUCAUGGAGGCUGCUGCUGUGAACAUUUGUGCACACAUUUUCCUGGGGUCAUAUUUUUUCAUUUCUCAUGGAUGCAUCGCCAGGAUAGGAAUUGCUGGGUCCUACAGUAACUGUGUUUACCCUUUUGAGAAACUGCCAGGCUGCCUCUCAAAGUGGCUGUGUCAUUGUCCACUUCCACUGGCAACGUGUGAGGGUUCCAGCCUCUCUGCCCACUGUCAUUUAAUAAGUCAAUGUUUUGUGGGGCGCCUGGGUGGCACAGUCGGUUAAGCGUCCG